AGCCCAAGGUGUCUUGAAAGAAAAAAAUGUCUGCCAAUUCGGAACCUGGUGUUGUGAGUGUUAAUGACGGCUCUGAGGAGGAGGAGGGACCCCCACCAGCAGACCCCCCUGCGGGGCCCCAGUACGUCCACCAGGUGGCCCUGUACCCUCCCAGCCCACCACAAACCCCUGCCACCAUCCCUCCAAACGGAAGGAGGAACUGCAGGAAGUGGACAGUGACGGCCGUCGUCAGCGCCCUGCUUCUCCUCCUGGUGGCUGGGGUCCUCCUGGGCUACUACUUGUCUUCCAUGUGUUUCGGGGUGCGGUGCAGGGAUGACCUCUGCGUUCUCCAGUCCCAGUGGUGUGACGGGGUGACCGACUGCCCUGGUGGGGAGGAUGAGACUAUGUGCUUCAGGCUGUUUGGCUCUGGUUUUCUCCUUCAGAUCUACAGGUCUGAGGACCGUUCCUGGAAGCCAGUGUGCUCAGAAGGCUGGACUACUAACCUUGGGCAAACCGCUUGCCAGAGGAUGGGAUACAGUGUGUACACCUCUGCACAAUCUGGCCAAAUGAGGAUCAACACGAGUAACGGCUACCUCCAGGUGAAGACAGGGUCAAGCCCAGACACAAACAUACUGAAGCUGUUCAUCAACAGCAACAACUGUUCCAGUGGGAGUGCUGUUACUCUGCAAUGCGUCGACUGUGGGACCAGAGAGACCCCCACGUCUAGUGGUGCCGGGAACGAGCCGCCCGCCAGUCUGGGGGCGUGGUGUUGGCACGCCCUGCUGACCAGCUCCGUCAACUGCAGCGGCACCAUCAUCAGCCCCUAUUGGAUCGUCACGGCAGCUAGCUGUGUGCAGAAGGACUCCAACCCUCAAUCCUGGAAGGUGUUUGCAGGUGUAGUAAAUACCUGGUCCACUGCGUUUCAUGAUGGUUUACAAGUCAGCCACAUUCUGGCCCACGAGGCCUUUCAAACCAACACUGGGAGGAAUAACAUUGCUCUGAUGAGGCUCACCAAACCACUCGUGAUGACAAGUAAUAUCAGGCCUGCCUGUCUGCCCAAUGUUGGGCUGGACUUCAAAGCUUCCAGGAAAUGCUGGACAACGGGAUUUGGCAGCACAGAACUCACGAACGUCGGCUCGGAGUUCCUGAUGGAAGCGGAGGUGACGUUGUUAGACCCCGCGGCCUGCCGCGACCUCCCAGGUUCUGAUGGGGCCUACACCCGGGACACGGUCUGUGCUGGAAACCCGGGGGCGGUGGUGCAGCCUUGUGAGGGAGACUUAGGUGGCCCCCUGGUGACAGAGGAGGAUUCUGUAUGGUGGCUCAUUGGGGACAGAAGCUGGGCGCACGGAUGUGUCUCGGGCGUCCCGGCAGCCUAUGGCAACGUCCCCUUCUACCUAGAGUGGCUCUAUGAGCAGAUGCAGAAAUAUCAAGAUGAAGAACAAUACAAAGAUGAAGGUCAAUAUGUAUUUGAAUGAAGACAUAUCAGAACAGCUACAGUACAAAGACGUAAAAGGUUGAUGUGUGUCUGUAUGCUACUGCUUUCAAAUGAUCCAGUGCUAUCCUUAUUUAUUAGUCAUGUUUUACUGUGCUUUAGUAAAGAGCGUGUUGUUAUCUCUAAAUAAUGAACAUCAGUGUAGUGUUUGUUGUUAUCUUUGGAAAUCCGAUCAUUUCUGGACGUUUCCGGAUGUUUUCCACUGCAUGAAUCUUAAAUCUCGAGGUGAAGUACUACAUUUCAACACUAGAUGUCACUCAAAGCCUGUUAUUGGAUGUGCUUGUGUCUGCAAGGCACGCACUUAUCUCACAUAUUAUAUAUUUUGUAAUGAUGGCAUAUAAAGUGAGUGACAAGAAAAUAUCCAUAUUA